AUGGUUGAAAAUUCAAAGGCGGAUGCUGCCGCAACCAAUAAUGGCAAAAAGAUGCCUUCAUCUAAUGCAAGCUCCUCACAUUCCGAAAAAGGUGCCGAGGCAAAACCCCCACAGAAAAAACUGAGUAAUAAAGAAUUAAAGAUGCUGAAGAAGAAGGCCAAAGCAGCAAAGAGAGCUGCGAGAAAGGCUGCAAAUCAAAAUGGGCAACAAAGUUCUCAGGGUGUUAAAACCGCUUCUCAUAUCAAAAAGCAAAUGAUUUCAGCCAAGAUUAAGGAUAGCAACGUGCGUAUUCCACCGAUGUUUGGCCAUCUAGAAACAAGGGAAGAAAGAAUUUCUGCUUCACCUGUUAUUGCAAGCAUUGUGCAUCCAUCCAUUUUAUCAUUGACGCUAAAAAUGUCAACAUAUAAAGUAGUCGGGUCAACUUCUAGAUGUGUUGCGAUGUUAGAUGCAUUUAAGGAUGUUAUCAAAUCGUAUAAAACACCACAGGGCACAUCCUUACAAAGAAAUCUUACUUCACAUCUUUCGCAUCAGAUUGAGUACCUCAAAACUGGCAGACCAUUGUCGAUAUCAAUGGGUAAUGCCAUUAGAUGGCUGAAGCAGAGAAUUUCAUUAGUCCCAAUUGACAUGAGCGAUGAUGAUGGAAAAAAGAUGCUGCUGGAUGAAAUUGAUCAAUUUAUUAAGGAGAAGAUUGUUUACUCUGAUCGGGUUAUUGCCGAAUAUGCAUCAAGGCAUAUUCAGAACAACUUUAAAUUCUUACAUAUGCACAUUCACAAGUUUUGGCAGAAAAAAUCCAACAUAGACUUUUGUUUCCUUGGUGCACACGCUAUGCUUUCAAACGGAAGACUGUAUUCUCGUGUUGGUACAGCACUUGUUGCAAUGGCAGCUAAGAAGAAAAACAUACCAGUUUUGGUUUGUUGCGAGUCAUUGAAAUUUAGCGAUAAGGUUCAAUUGGAUUCCGUUACGUUGAAUGAGUUAGGUGAUUCUGAUGAUCUAAUUAAUACGAGGCCAUUCAAUAAAGUUGGCUUUAAUCUACAGCAAUAUCUCAACAAGAUCGAAGAAAGAAAAGGUCAUCGAAACGGUUCUAAUAAUGGUGGGCAUAAUGGUAACAGAAACAGAUCUAAUGACAAUGAAGCGGAUGUUGUUGAUGAUGGCAAGGACACGAUUUUGAGAAACUGGAAGGAAUUAAGAAAACUAUAUAUUUUGAACAUUCUGUAUGAUCUAACACCACCGGAUUAUAUACAGAAGGUUAUAACAGAACUUGGUGCAUUGCCACCUUCCUCUGUGCCCGUUAUCUUGAGAGAAUACAAAAGUAUCUCUUGA